CUGAAAUGGUAGAAAGAGAUGAAGAUAAAGAAGAGAUAAUAAAAUUGUUGGUGUCAUCUGGGAAUGAAAAAAAUCUUUCUGCUGUUGCCAUUAUUGGAAUUGGGGGGUUGGGCAAGACCACUCUUGCUCAGCUGGUAUAUAAUGAUGAGAGAGUGGUAGACUUUUUUGGGCCUAAGAUAUGGAUUUGUGUUUCUGAUGAUUUUGACGUAAAGUUGCUGGUUAAAAAAAUUUUGGAAUCCUUAAGUGGAGUUGUAGAAAAAUCUGAGUCAUUGGAAGUUUUGAAAGUUUCCCUUCAUGAAAAACUAAGGCAGCAGAGAUACUUGCUAGUACUUGAUGAUGUUUGGAAUGAUGACUUCCAAAACUGGGAUAGAUUGAGGACCUUGUUGAUGGUUGGUGCUAAAGGGAGUAAGAUUCUAGUAACCACCCGAAAUAGAAACGUUGCAUCAACUAUGGGUAUUGAUCAUUUUCCUUUUUCUUUGAAAGGUUUGAAAGAAAACCAGUCUUGGAAUUUAUUUUCAAAAAUAGCAUUUGAAGAAGGACAAGAGAGAAUGUAUCCAAGACUUGUAGAAAUUGGAAAAGAAAUUGUGAAUAUGUGUAAUGGAGUUCCUCUUAUCAUCAAAACACUAGGAGCAAUAUUGCGCUUUAAAACUGAGGAACAUCCGUGGUUGUCCAUUAGAAACAAUGAAAAUUUGUUGCUAUUGGAAGGUGGAAAUAAUGAUAGGGCUUUAUCCGUGCUCAAGUUAAGCUAUGAUGAUCUAUCAUUCCAUUUGAAGCAAUGUUUUGCUUAUUGUGCACUAUUUCCAAAAGACUAUGAAAUUGAGAAAAAAUUGUUGGUGCAAUUGUGGAUGGCACAAGGAUAUAUUCAAGCUUCACACGUAGGAGAUCGGUAUUUUGAUGAAUUAUUGUCAAGAUCAUUAUUAGAGGAGGCUAAAAAAGAUGCUUAUAAUAAUAUAUCAAGUUGUAAAAUGCAUGAUCUUAUACAUGAUCUUGCACAAUCUAUUGUUGGAUCUGAGCUCCUCGUUUUAAAAGAAAAUGUGGAGAAAGAGAAGAUAUCAGAAAGAGUUUAUCAUGUGUCAUUCUUUAUGAUGUUGAAUAUCCAUUGGAAAGAUUUGAAACACAUAAGGACCAUUUUGAAAUUUGAUAAAUGGGUUGAAGCUAAUUAUUCAAUUCGCAAUACACUUAUUCCAAAUUUUAAGUGUUCCCGUGUGUUGAGCCUAAAUGGAACCGUUGCAAAAAAGAUACCAAAAUCUAUAGAAAUCUAA